GAAGCCGAAUAACUGAGCAGGGAGAGGGCAUGAGAAGAAGGGGAGUGAACCUCCCAAACUCUCGGUAACUAGCUAGCUUCCAUCAGCCUCAAUUUACAAGACAUGUCGUGCUGCCAGCCUGUUCUCUGACACAGAAAGGAAAACUGAUACUCAGCUGUUUUUGUAAGAAUGGCGCACACUAACUGGGAUACUCUGAUGUCUUGACUCUGUUGAACAUCUACACACGUCCAGCGACAACAACCACCGCUGGCUAACAUCGGUUAGCAUUAGCACCCGACUACCGAACAGCUGUCAUCCCGGAAGGCCGCCGCCGCACCGGUUCGGAAUUUAACUUUCUCUCUCCGUGUCUGGACUCAAAUAACACUAACCCAUGAUAAAUAGCCAUUUGUCAUAUAUCGGUAAGGAUGGAGUCCUCUCUGGGAAUAUGCAGCGAGGAUUGUUUGGCAACUGUGAAAGCUCAGGAGCUGAGGGCUGGUCAGAAGGAGCCCAGACUUCUGUCUCUAAUUGAGCGCAGUGGAGAAUUUAUAUUUCGUGUUUUCGCCAACCCUGAUGCUGUUGUGUCUCGUCCAGUCGCUGAGCUGUCUAUACCCAUCAAUGGUCACUUUGACAUUUUGCAAGAGGCUGCCGAGGCUCUUCUUAUUAACUUAGAAACAUCUUGCAUUAGGAUACGAAUCAAAGGCGAGAAAGCUCCAGAGCUGCUGUUAGAGCUGCAGAACGAUGAUCGGACUCAGACCUUCCUCAUCCAGGUGAAGAGUGCUCGGCAACAAGUUGAAUCCAUACUCAAGAAACCCAAAACCAUGGAGCCCCUUGCACCAACAGUCCUGAGGGGCCCAGUCCCCAUCCCACCGCAGAGAGCAAACAAGACGGUGAACUCAGUGGGCUCUGGGGUCAACCCCCCCAAAUGUACCACUGCACUGCCUCCCAACCUCAACAAUAGCAGGUCAACUAAUAAGACAGAUCCAGUUCAAUCACUCGCGUCAGACUUUGGCUUCGAGGACAACUUCAACCACGCUCUCAAAGUGGAGGAGAAGAAGAACCACCAGAACCGCAUAGUUGCUGUUAGAGAUCCUCCUCCGGUUCCCCCUCUACCUCCUCGCAAAGCCUCCCAGGCUCCAUCCAAUCCUCUGCCUCCUCCACCAAUCCCUAAAGACAGAGCUGUCUCCCUACACACCAGAGAAAACUCCCGACCGGAUAGUUUCAGGUCAGGGUUUGACCGCGGCGACAGGCCCAUGUCUUGGUGUGAAAGCCCCACCACCAACAGCAUGAGACAGGCCAUGUUCUCCAGCCAGGCGGGACAGAGAGAAUACCUCAUCAAGCACCGCCUGGGCAAGAAGGAGAACGAGUUCGUGGACAUCCAGAACUUCAGGAUUUUCACAGGAACGUGGAACGUGAACGGCCAGGCUCCGGACAGCAGCCUCGAGCCGUGGCUCUGCAGCGACACAGAGCCUCCAGAUCUCUAUGCUCUGGGUUUUCAAGAGUUGGACCUGAGCACUGAAGCUUUCUUCUACAUGGACUCAUCCAAAGAGCAGCUGUGGGUCGAAGCUAUAGAGAGGUGCUUGCCCUCCAAAUUCAAGUACAAAAGGCCAUUUGUGGUCCUUUGA